CUCAUUUUGAUGACGUCACGGUUUAUAUUUACUUGAGGAUUGACAGAAUACGUGGUGGUGGUAAAGAAAAGAACGCGAAUUCACCACCAAAAUAGACACGUUCUCAGUCAGACAGGGUAUGAUCUUGGAUGGAGUGAGUGUUGAGCCUCAGUGAGAUGACUGACCAGGGCAACAACAACAACCACAACAUCUCCUGCAAUCCCUUCGCUGCCCUCUUCAGCUCACUGGCUGACGCCAAGCAGUUUGCGUCAGCUCAAAAGUCUACAUCUCUAACUACAGGACCCCCACAAGAUGACUCCGGGGAGAGCCAAUCAGAGUCUGAGAACUCCGUGUCGGACAGCGUUGACGACAAUGACGACUCUGUGGCAGAGAUAAGCCGAUCCUUCCGAUCCCGGCAGGAACUGUGCGAACAACUCAAUGUUAAUCACAUGAUCCAGCGAAUAUUUCUCAUCACCUUGGACAACAGUGAUCCUAGUCUGAGGGGGGGCAAUGGCAUUCCACCUCGCUGUGUUUACCUGGAAGAGAUGGCAGCUGACUUGGAUGGGCAGGAUUGGCUGGACAUGGACAACAUAGAGCAGGCACUGUUUAAUCGUCUGUUGCUGUUGGAACCGGGAAACCACCUCAUCUACAUGACGUCAUGCAGCGGCGUGAACCUGUCGGCUGACCGUGAUGCGGGAGAAAAAUGUGCCAUUCCAUACCUAUUUGCUUGUUAUCAGAGGGCAAAAGAAGAGGUGACCAAGGUCCCAGAGAAGUUAUUACCAUUCUCUGUACGCUGCAAAAACCUGACAAUCUCAAACACGCGCACAGUUCUGCUCACCCCAGAGAUCUACGUCAACCAGAGUGUGUACGAGCAACUUCUGGACCUGCUGCUGGAUGCCUACAGUAGAGGACAUCCAGAGGAGGUGGUGGAGUUUCUCGAAGAGGUGAUUGCAGGCUUGCUCUCUGACCAAGAAGUGCGGACCUUCGCCGAAGUGAUGUUUCCAGUAUUUGACAUCUUCCAGGGUAGAAUAAAAGACAUGGAUCUUUGUCAACCAGUCUUCUACUUCUACUUGGAUGUGCUUCUCUACUUCAGCUACAAUAAAGACAUUGCCAAGAUACUGAUGGAGCACAUUCAGCCCAAAGAUCCGGCUAAUGGCUUGCUGUACCAGAAGAGCCUUUUGGGAACUGUGUUGAAUGUGUCUUGUUUGCUGAAAACACCGGGAGUUGUGGAAGGACAUGGCUACUUCCUUAAUCCUUCCAGGUUAAGCCCUCAGGAAACUAAGGUUCAGGAGGCGAGCAUCCACCAGUUUAUGGGCCAGUUUCACGACAAGUUGCAUCAAAUGUUUAAAUCCUUGCUCCAGCGGUCGAGCGAGACACGCCAUCUGCUGCUGUCAUGGUUGGGCGACUGCCUGCACGCAAACGCAGGCCGGGCCAAGAUUUGGGCCAAUCAAAUGCCGGAGAUCUUUUUUCAGAUGUAUGCCUCGGAUGCGUUCUUCUUGAAUUUAGGCGCAGCUCUUCUGAGGCUGUGCCAGCCCUUCUGCCGGCCGCGUUCACCCAAAUUGCUAACGUUUAACCCCACGUAUUGCGCAGUCAAAGAUUUAACUGAAGAGGACAGACGUAUACGCAAUGUGCAUGCGAGAGGGCUUGACAAGGAAACCUGUCUGACCCCCAUGCCAUCCCAGCCCAUACAGGAGCCCUUAGUGGAGUCUUACAGCUUGCUGACGGAAAACCUCGUCCUCACACAGCUCACCCUGCAUCUCGGCUUUCACAGACUAUACGAACAGCUGGUCAAGAUGAACCAGUCACUCCACCGCCUUCAGGUGACGUGUGAAGAGGCCCAUCGCACACGAAACCCAAUGAUGGAGCAGCUCUUGGAGCAGUUUCAGCGCCUGAUGAUUGUCUUCCUGUCAACCAAAGCUGCUGCCACACAGCCCACCAUGCUGCAAUGCUGCCUUAACCUUCAAGCGUCAACUGCUUCUUUGCUCGUUCAGCUCGCUAUGGGAAACGAGGGCCCCGAACAUGAAGCACUCAGUUUUCCGCUGCCCUCCGGGCAGAAUACCAUGCUUUGCUUUAUCCCAGAGUUUUUUGCAGAGAAUUUGGGAGAUUUUUUCAUCUUCCUGCGCCCAUUUGCCGAUGAGGUUUUGGAGUCCUCAGCAGAAUGUUUGGAGCAGAUUCUCAACUUCAUCACUGUAUUCAUGGGUAAUGAAGAGAGAAUGAAGAAUCCUCAUUUAAGAGCUGAGCUGGCAGAGGUCUUAGAGGCAGUGAUGCCACAUAUGUUGCCUCUGGCACCUGGCACUCCUCAGCCAAUCGUCUUCCUGCGACAGAGAGUCUUUUGCUCUUACAAAUAUGCACCUCAGUUGGCCGAAGCCCUCAUCACUGUGUUUGUAGACAUUGAAUUUACAGGUGAUCCUCAUCAGUUCGAACAGAAGUUCAAUUACAGAAGACCAAUGUAUCCCAUCCUCAAGUUUAUGUGGGGUGAAAAUAACUACAGGGAGAGUAUAAAGCAUUUGGCCGACUAUGCAUCCAGGAACCUGGAGGCCAUGAAUCCUCCUCUGUUCCUCAGGUUCCUUAACUUGUUGAUGAACGAUGCCAUUUUCCUUUUAGAUGAGGCUAUUCAGUACCUGAGCAAAAUCAAGAUCCUGCAGCUGGAGCGGGAUCGAGGGGAGUGGGAUGAGCUAGCUCCCGAUGCCCGAAGGGAGAGAGAUUCAAGCCUGCAGAUGUUUGGACAGCUAGGCCGCUUCCACAAUAUCAUGUCUAAUGAGACAAUCGGCACACUGGCUUUCCUCACUUCAGAGAUCAAGAGGAUCUUUGUACACCCUUUCCUGGCAGAGAGGAUCAUAUCCAUGCUCAACUACUUCCUGCAGCACUUGGUUGGACCUAAGAUGGGUGCUCUCAAAGUGAAGGACUUCAGCGAGUUUGACUUCAAGCCCCAACAGCUGGUGUCUGACAUCUGCACCAUCUACCUCAACCUGGGAGAUGAGGAGAAUUUCUGUGCCACCGUCCCAAAGGAUGGACGAUCGUACUCUCCUACCCUCUUUUGCCAAACUGUGAGGGUACUGAAGAAAAUCAACAAACCUGGGGACAUGAUUGUGGCUUUUGGACUCCUUGCUGAUAAAAUAAAGUCCCAUGCGGAUCGACAGCAACAGGAAGAGGAGACGUAUUUAGAUGCCCCGGAAGAGUUUUUAGACCCAAUCAUGUCCACUCUGAUGCUGGAUCCUGUUCUUCUUCCUUCUUCCAAUGUUACGGUCGACCGCACCACGAUAGCAAGGCAUCUCCUCAGUGACCAGACGGACCCGUUCAACCGCAGUCCUCUCACCAUGGACCAGAUCAGGCCAAACGAGGAGCUGAGACAACAAAUCUUAGAGUGGCUUGAUAAGCAUAAGCAGGAGCGGCUGCAACUGGGAGCAAGUGACCAGACUUGAUCCCCAAUGUGCCUAACAAUGACUGCAUCCUUGUUUGCGCCCAUUUUCCACAUGUAGAGUGCUCCUAUGCCUUUUGUUGUGGCUAAUCGGUGGUGUGCUUUAUAGCCACACAUUCUCAUCUAAUACCACAAUUAAGUUCUAGCCUAAUACUAGCCUUCAUGGAACAGACUGCACCGCCACUAUGUUGGACAAUGUUCAAAGGUAAAUAUUAACAUAAUGAGAGAAUGUGAUAUUGAGGAGGAUAACAGAACAAUUGUCCUUUGAUUUUUUUUAAAAAAAUUCUUGAUUUCAGAUCUUUUUUGGGGGCAUGUCUACCCUACUUAAAUGUUUCAAAUCAUCAAACCAAUUUGAAUAUCUUAGGCCUGUCAAGUCACCUGGCCUAAUGUGAAAAUUUGUUAUCGUUAGCCUCUCAUGAAAAUGACAGGUUUCAGACUAUAAGCCACAAAUUUUUUGUCCCUCUCUUUGAAUCCUGCAGUUUACAGUCAGUCAGCCAGUGCGUCCUAUACUUUAUAUUGGUAUUUUAAGGCUAAUGAACAGCAUGUUUUUUGAUGUAAAUAUCCUAUUAAAGGAUGUGGACAUCAGCAGCUUAUAGUCCAAUGUGACCUAUAUACGAACAAAUAGUUUUCUUGUCAAAUUUGGUAGGUGUGGCUUAUAGUCAAGUGCACCUUUUAGGCUAGUUUCAGACCGCGGGUCUUAUUGCACGAAUCCGAUUUUUUUGUGUUUGUCUGACUUGAGUAAGGUAUCAAGUUGAAUGAAGUCGCAUAGAAGUGGACCAAUUUCAAAUCUGAUCUGGGUCACUUUCGUAUGUGGUUUGUAUCUGAUCUGGGCCACAUUUUUUUAGAAUGUGGCGGCGGUCUGAACUGUCAAGUCUCCCAAAUCGGAAUUCAUGCAGUAUUUACGUCAGCAAAGAGCGGGAGCGGCAGGCAGGACAGCAGCGAUAGCUUUGCAUUAGCAUUAGCGCCUUGCUUGAACUCUGCUUUUACGCAAGAGGCGGGCUUGACCACAGUCAUAAAAAAAAAAAAAUCAAAUGAAGAAAAGGCUAAGCCUGAUAAUGCUCGGUUUUCUUUCUGUAUGACAAAUAAGCAAUAUUUCCAGUAUUGCUUACAUUGCCAAGUCGGGGCAAACUGACGGACACACAUAAGCUUUCUAUCAGUCCAUAUAAACUUUGUAUAUAAGAUAUAUAAAAGGAUUAUUAAUGUCUGUUAUUUGUGUCCUCUUUUUGAAAAUCAAAAUAUGAUCACCCUGGAAUGACGUACAGCCAGAAAGUGUAGUCAUUUGUUCUGAUGCUUCUGCGCAUGCGGGUCAGUUUUUUCAGCACAGUGUCAGACUACAAAUUAGUGCACAUGCGUAAUACUUGAACGGGCUCAAUAGGCAAAGGCUGUCUAAACACGCCAAAAAAACAAAAAUGACAAAUCGGAAUUGUGCAUUAAGACCUGCAGUAUGAACCUAGCCUUAGUCUAAAAAUUACAAUAGUGGCCGAACAGUUUAGUAACAUUUGGCUGCAUCAGUUUAUGUACAGAACCCAAGUAAAUAAUAGCUUCAGCAGCUACAGCACUGUGAAAAAAUAUUUCCCCCCUUGAUUUGGUCACACACAGGUUUAAGUUUAUCAAACCAAUUUUAAUAUCACACAGAGACAAAAAAACAAGGGCAAAUAGUGUUUCACAAUAUUGUGAAUUUUUGACAGCUGUAACAGAUGAACACAUAAUUGGACAGUUUUUUUUUUGUUUUGUUUGUUAGUUUCAAAUGUAUGGCCUGUGGGCCAGAAGCGGCCCGCCAAGUGGGCCAGUCCGGCCCACAGGGUUGUUUUGUAGCUCAUUCAUACUGUACAUACAAAAUCUUGUAUUUUGACACUGGCACUGUGAAACCGUUGGGUGGUCGAAACCAGAGAUUUAUGAUUUCUGUGAUAGAGUGCACACUACUGCAUUUGGCUCAUUUCGUAUCUGUAGUUACAUUCGUGCCCCCCACCCCUCCCCAGUCAAAAUGGAUUGGAUGUCUUGCAACAUCAAUGGCAGCCAAUGAGUUAACAAGGAAAUGACUCAAAAAUGUCCCCAAAUCAUCAUGAAGACGCUGGGAAAUGCCCGAAAAAUUAACAGCAAAUUAUCAAAAAUUUACAGGGUGUUACCCGCAAAUACAGUGGGCCAAAUAAUUAUUUAGUCAACCACUAAUUGUGCAAGUUCUCCCAGUUGAAAAUAUUAGAGAGGCCUGUAAUUCUCAACAUGGGUAAACCUCAACCAUGAGCGACAGAAUGUGGAAAAAAAAACUGAAAAUCACAUUGUUUGAUUCUUAAAGAAUUUAUUUGCAAAUCAUGGUGGAAAAUAAGUAUUUGGUCAAUACCAAAAGUUCAUCUCAAUACUUUGUUAUGUACCCUUUUUUGGCAAUAACGGAGGCCUAACGUUUUCUGUAACUCUUCACAAGCUUUUCACACACUGUUGCUGGUAUUUUGGCCCAUUCCUCCAUGCAGAUCUCCUCUAGAGCAGUGAUGUUUUGGGGCUGUCGUUGGGCAGCACGGACUUUCAACUCCCUCCACAGAUUUUCUAUGGGGUUGAGAUCUGGAGACUGGCUACGCCACUCCAGGACCUUGAAAUGCUUCUUAUGAAGCCACUCCUUUGUUGCCCUGGCUGUAUGUUUGGGAUCAGUGUCAUGCUGAAAGACCCAGCCACUUCUCAUCUUCAAUGCCCUUGCAGAUGGAAGGAGAUUUUCACUCAAAAUCUCUCAAUACAUGGCCCCAUUCAUUUUUCUUUUACGCAGAUCAGUUGUCCUGGUGUCUUUGCAGAAAAACAGCCCCAAAGCAUGAUGUUUCCACCCCCAUGCCUCACAGUGGGUAUGGUGUUCUUUGGAUGCAAUUCAGUAUUCUUUCUCCUCCAAACACGAGAACCUGUGUUUCUACCAAAAGGUUCUAUUUUGGUUUGAUCUGACCAUAACACAUUGCCUGGUAUACCAGACUCACCGCUGUUCUAGCGAUUGAGUCUGGUGACCGUCCGGCGGAUCAAAUUCCGAGGGCAGAGCAAGCCACAGCAAAUAGACAGGGGAGAGGACCAAUCAGCGACAGGCAGACGUGACGUUGUUAAAGCGACAAGUAAUUAGCGUGAGCGGAGAAUGGAGAAGUUUAUUCAACAUGGCUACCGCGAGCCAUGUUGACUGUUGUCAAUGACUUGUUUCGAUGUGUUUUUGGUCAUUUAAAACUGGUUUUACCGCGGAUUGGAACAUAUUCUUGGCUCUCCCGUUCACCAUCUGUGUUGUUGUAGAGACGACUUUCGGCGCGCAAGAGUGACGUUACUCGUUAAGAACACGUCACGCAAAUAAACGAAUCUGAUUGGAUGGUUGAUUUUGUAUCUUGCUCGAGAGGCCGUCAAUGGGCUGGGUCCCAGACUAUUUCUCACAGUGUUUGAAAAAUACAGGGAGAACAGUCUGGCUGUGUCAGGCAACAUAACAUUCUCCCAGUCCUCUUCUGGAUCAUCCAAAUACUCUCUAGCGAAUCGCAGAUGGGCCUGGACGUGUACUGGCUUCAGCAGGGGGACACGUCUGGCAGAUUUGAGUCCCUGGCGGCGCAUUGUGUUACUGAUAGUAACCUUUGUUACUGUGGUCCCAACUCUCUGUAGGUCAUUCACUAGGUCCCCCCGUGUGGUUCUGGGAUUUUUGCUCACCGUUCUUGUUAUCAUUUUGAUGCCAUGGUGUGAGAUCUUGCAUGGAGCGCUAGAUUGAGGGAGAUUAUCUUGUAUGUCUUCCAUUUUCUAAUAAUAGCUCCCACAGUUGAUUUCUUUACAACAAGUGUUUUACCUAUUGCAGAUUCAGUCUUCCCAGCCUGGUGAAGGUCUACAAUUUUGUCUCUGGUGUCCUUCGACAGCUCUUUGGUCUUGGCCAUAGUGGAGUUUGGAGUGUGACUGACUUAGUUUGUGGACAGGUGUCUUUUAUACCGAUAAUGAGUUAAAACAGGUGACAUUAAUACAGGUAACGAGUGGAGCCUCGUUAGAAGGAGUUAGACCUCUUUAGCCACGUUUACAUGCUGACUUUUUUUCAUACCGAUUCAAAUCAUUCCGAAUGGAAAUUUCACAUCAGCUGUUUACAUGUCACUUCAUCUAUUCCGAUCCAGCGUUUACAUGUGUCUGCCUUUAUUCCGAAAGGACGUUUGACAACUGCCGUCUGACAUGCGCAGAUUAAUCAAAACAAAGCGUCACGUUGCAAAACAUGGAGAUCGAUCGUCAGAUCAGCUGCUGUUCUAACUUUUCGAGUGGAAACAAAACUUCAGAAUGACACGCCGUUCAUUUAAAAAGUUGUGUGGGUGCGCUGUGCGUGUGCUUGGAAGCCAUGUUGCAUGUGACGUUACUUACGUCACCAAGUGACGUCACCACGUCAGUACGGAGCAUGUGCAGAAAGAACGCAGCCAGACACCAUUCCGCUUCCCUGUUUACAUGAUAUAAUUUUACUUCUAAUCGGUUUGGGAAAAGGAAUAUUCCACCCCUGUGAAUCGGAAUGAAAUUCCAUUCGGUUUGGGCCUGUUCAUUCCGAAUGAGGUGUUUAUAUGGAACACAUUUAUUCGGUUUGAACAAAUGUUCCGAUUGAAAUUGGAAUAUUUGGCUCCAUGUAAACGUGGCAAAUGACAGCCAGAAAUCUUGCUUGUUUGUAGGUGACCAAAUACUUAUUUUCCACUCUAAUUUGGAAAUAAAUUCUUUAAAAAUCAAACAAUGAGAUUUUCAGUUUUUUUUUUCCACAUUCUGUCUCUCAUGGUUAAGGUUUACCCAUCUUGACAAUUACAGGCCUCUCUAAUCUUUUCAAGUAGGAGAACUUGCACAAUUGGUGGUUGACUAAUACUUAUUUGCCCCACUGUAUCUUAAAAUUACAUGGAAAUGACUCAAAAUGAACUCGUUCCCUGCCAUUGACAACGAUAGAUCUCCAAUUCGCUUAUACUGGAAGGACUGACUGUAAACGCGCAUCUUUCAGUGCCACUGACGGCGCUCGACGUCAAUGGCAGCUAGUGAGUUAACUUAUUUGACCAAAAAUAAGAGGAUGCAUUUCUAAUUUACUUUUCUUUCGGAGAUGUAAAAAUUGGUUAAAUGACAUGAAACAUUUAGGUGUGAUAAAUAUCUCCAAAAGAAUAGUAUGAAAACAAGUAGAGGAUGUAACGCAAUUCACACAUUUACCAGCUUAACAAAUUUUUAUACGGCAAUACAAGUUUUUUUUGUGACCUUAGUUCUUUUGUGAUCUUAGAUGGGAGAAUUAGUAUAUUUAUAACCUAUGCUCCAACAGUGCUAAUACGCAGCACUUUUGGUCCAAGCUGCAUGCUCGAUGUAAAUAUGAUUAGACCUUAAAUUGAAUUGUCUGAGGAUUUUACUGACAGUCCUUAAUAUUAUUGUGGUGGAAAUUUCAACGAAAGCUCCAUAAGCACACGUCAGCAUUUACUGUUAUGGUCAAGGAAAUUAAGAAUGCCUUUGUCCAUUGUACACUUCAUUCGGGAAGAAUCACUUUAAAGUCCACAUUGCAUAGCACAAUUCCUCAGUUUCAAAUGUGAAAACUCCUGUUGCCAACUCUGUGCUUGCUGGUGCUUUACAAAAACAACUGGUCUACAAAAAAACAACAGUAAAUUAAGCAUACAAAUGUGCAGGGUGAGCCCAAAAAGAAGGGGAACUUUUAACAAUCCAGUAAAAUCAAGAGUGAUGGAAGAAAAAAUAUUUUAUUUAUGGUAAUUGAAACCUUAGCACAAGCCAUUGAAGAAACAAUGAUGAAAUUUUAUUCAUUCAUCUUCUAAACUGCUUAUCGAGGUGUGACAAAAUAUCGAAAUGGUGAUAUAUCGUUAGGGACGGGAAUUGAUAGGAUUUCUACGAUUCCGAUUCCAUUAUCGAUAUUGCUUAACGUUUCGAUUCUUUAUUGAUUCUCUUAUCGAUUCUAAUUUGGGAAAAAAGAACAAACAUUUUGAUUGCUAUCUAGUUGGUUUCAUCAGAAGUCACGACCUUACAAACUCACAACGAGGUCAAAAGAGGCCCAAAGCCUCGAUGUUAACUGAGGCAAUAUGUAACAGUGGCAAAUAGACAAUGUGUAACAUUUUAGUGAAACAUUUUUCUAAUAGAAAUUUAAAAAAUCUCCUUUUUAAAAGGACAUAUGAGCUGAUAGCACUCAAUAAUAAUAAUGAAAAAAAAAAGAUAAAUACUGUCAAAUACAACAGAACAAGCUGUAUAAUUUGGUUGGUGUAGCUCAGUGCUUCUCAAUUAUUUUCUGUUACGCCCCCCCAAGGAAGACGUAAAUGUUUCGCGCCCCCCCCAAACUCUCUGCCACCACCGUAAAUAGUAUCAUUUGUCUAUAAAAUUACUAUUAUAAAUACGCAUCUGCCUAACAUUGUGUCCUUUUUUUUCCCUAAUAACGAAAAAAAGUAACAGAUCAACUUAUAAUAAAGUAGAACUUUAUUAACAUUGUUUUGUUUGUAACAGAGAAGACGACACGCAUCAAUUUGCCUGAAUUAAAAAAAUACACUCGUUACAUUUUUGACCAUUUGAUAAAGAAAAAUAAAAUGUAAUAAAAUCAGUAAAUAAUAAAUUAAAAUUGAUUAGAAACAUACACUCAUGAGGACAAUAUGCCCAAAAAUUUGAUCGGAAAAACAAAACUGAAUAAAAAAAAAAGAAGAAAAAAAAAGUGUCCUUGGACAGAAGGACAGUUUUUAUUUUUGUACCUCCUUUGCAAUGGUGUGGAGUUAUCUUGCAAUGAGCAUGCUAACAAUGCUAAUUGGUUUACUGAUAUUACACUGACAAAACAGGACGAUUGUUGGAAAUAUUCGGCCGUUUUCGCUGAAAAACAAUCAAGCUUAUCAAUGAGAUUGGGGUCUAAUGUCUUUAAUUGGCGUCUUAAUUGUUUUGGCUUCUGGCUGUCCGCUAUAAUUAUUUUUAGACACAGUAAACAGUGGUCUUUCCUCAUUACCCACUGUAUUAAAAGUCAAAGCUAAAAGGCAAACGGCACGAAAAAAGCGCAUUCCCGGCGGCCGAGGUAGAACCGUAGGUGAGGGCGGUCGUCGUGACGAUCCCAAGCCAAAAAUGGCACUUCUCGGGCGGCGACGUGAGAACCGGCCGGACAAGACAGUGGGUCGCUGCGUGAGUCCGGUCGGAAAACGGCUUUCGAAAACGGCGGCGGCGCACUGCUCUUCAUAUCUGUUUUCUGUGUGUUCUGAGUGCUCUUCCUUAGUUCAAAAAUACUGCGCGCACUCUGAAAAUGAGAGCGCCACUGCCACCCACUGAGUGGAUGUGCAAGUACACUUUAUUCCAGUACGGCAAAAAAAAAAAAAAAAAAAAAAAGCAUGUUCCCCGAGGUCACAUGCGCCCCCCCGGCAUCGCUCUGCGCCCCCCAGGGGGGCGCGCCCCACUAUUUGAGAAGUACUGGUGUAGCUACAUAAGGAUGGUUGGCUCUCAUACAAUUUAGCACAAUCCUCCGUUAACUUGGAUUUGUUAAUUUCCUAGACAUAAGCCACGUUUACAUGCUGACUUUUAUUCAUACCGAUUCAAAUCAUUCCGAAUGGAAAUUUCACAUCAGCUGUUUACAUGUCACUUCAUCUAUUCCGAUCCAGCGUUUACAUGUGUCUGCCUUUAUUCCGAAAGGACGUUUGACAACUGCCGUCUGACAUGCGCAGAUUAAUCAAAACAAAGCGUCACAUUGCAAAACAUGGAGAUCGAUCGUCAGAUCAGCUGCUGUUUUAACUUUUCGAGUGGAAACAAAACUUCAGAAUGACACGCCGUUCAUUUAAAAAGUUGUGUGGGUGCGCUGUGCGUGUGCUUGCUCACGAACUUUUCGCCUCAAGAACAUUAAAUUCGCGAGCAUAUAGUCUCUGCUGACGAACUAGUUUUCGGCGGACGAACCAAACCACGAGGUCGAACAGCGCCACGGUGGCGGCCACGAGAAGCUGACGCACGCUCACGGCGUCCCAGUUCGUCCCCUCCCUUUCGUUGAGUGCGGACGUGGUUUGUGUUUGAUAGGCAUUUUGGACCAUAUUGAGUGUACUUUUGCUAUUAUGGGACCGAAAAAGACCCCACCACAGGCUAGUGUUAAGCCUAAGAAGACAUUAAAGAAAAUUACGAUCGAGCAGAAGAAAUAAAUAAUAAAUAAAACGACUUUAUUAUACAGUACAGUUUAUUUCUUUAAUUACAAUACAAUGGCACAUAAAAUAAAAUAAGGUAUAUUUUCGUGUAGUUUUAAGGCUUAUUUAGUAGAAAAUUAUGUUUUACGGGGACCUGGGAACGGAUCAUUCUCAUUUUAAUGGUUUCUUAUGGGAAAUAAAUGUUCGGAAGACAAACUUUUCGCCUUACACACACUUUCUGGGAACCAAUUAUGUUCGUGAGCUGAGGUAUCACUGUAUGUUGUAUUUUUCUUAUAGAGUAUUCAACAAGGAAUACAAUAGACCCAUUAAUAGACUUUUUUAGAAAAAUCACCAUUUCUUUAAGUAGUCUCAUGAAUAAUGACGUGGCCUGUGAAAAUCAAUGCAGAAUCUCUUGGCGACAGCUGUCCAGAUUAUACUUGAUGAGUGGUCACUCUCUGAAUAUCCACAUAGUUUUAUUUGCUGAAUCGAGUGUGUGUAACAUGCGCAAAUUGUGUGACGUAAUUUGUGCUACUUGGAAUCUAUAAGACAAUUCUUAGAUAAGCUGCCAAACGAUUCCAUGGAAUUGAAACGCAGGGAAUCGGUUCUCGAUUUCCAUCCCUAUAUAUCGUGAUACUUUGUAUCCCAAAUGGUUAUCGAUAUGCUCCUGCCAAGAAUCGAGAUAUCGUUUUAAAAAGGUGUCAAUGUCUAAAAAAUAAAUAAAUAAAAAGGAACCAACAAGUUGCUACCAAAAUCUUAUACCAUAAUAGUGUCUGUUAACUCUAAGGCUGCAUUAACGGUGCUCGAGGCCCAAUCCAUUUAGCCUGGGAACCGUUUGUUCAUUCGAAACCAGAGCAUUCAUAGUCAGUCUGUCCGAUUUUCAGGGCUUGUACAGGUCACUUACUGUUCAUUUUAGGGCAUUUACAGGUCAUUUUCUGUUAGGUGUAAGUGGGAGGGAUGGCCACCCUCCCAUUUCAAAUGGAUUGGACGUCUACAAGUGAUAAACUCAUAAACUCGCUGGGAAUAAACCAACAAUCUCAGACUUGUGAUGAGGACGUGCUAACCACUCUUACAUCGUGCCGGCUGACCGAAGUUUAAUUUUUAAAAAAUGACGUUCUUCAAAAGGCAACCUCCAGGUAUGAAUGCAUUCUUGUAAUCUGCUGUUGAGAUUCUUCAUCUGAGCUGGGAUAAUGUGAAUUUCAUCCUGAAUUCACCUUGGUUACUAAUUUGGCAAAUUGUUUACUUGCUCAAAGUCACUGCCUCGCAGAGGUUCCACUUACUCAUGGCUGCCAAUACGCAAACAUUCAACAGCGGUCCACAGAUUUGAAGGGUUCCAUUUCUAAACAAAAAUUCCAUAAUUGUUUCUUAAUAUCAUGUUUUAAGGUUUCAAUGACUAUGAAUCGAAUAUUUUUCGUCCAUCGCUCUUGGUUUUGUUGGAUUGUUAAAAAGUUCCCGUUUUUUGGGGUCACGCUGUAUAUAAUCAAGAAGGUGCUGAACACUCAUUUGGCUAUUAUUGGUUUUGUCAACAUGAAUUACAGUAUUCAUAAAUGUUUUGUAUUGUUAAAAAAGACGCCAAUGUAUCCCGAGGCAUUGGCUUUUCAUUUAACAUAAUCUUUGUUUGUAUUUUUCCAAUGUUGAUCCAAUCAAAUUUAAAAUUAUUGAAGUGAUGAAUGUCUUUUUUUUGCCAGCAAGUGUUUAUAGUGAUGAAAGCAUUUAACCUCUUUAUUGCCCUUUAAAUCGUUAACAGUUAGAUUGUCACCAGUGAGGUUUGUCAAGGAUUUUAAUUAAUCAUUUACAUUAACAUGACAGUAGCUGAAAUUCACUUUUGGGACAUUGGUUUUCUUUUAGAGCUGCAGAAAGACAGCAAGGGAGAAAUUCUAAUGAGUGAAAUCAGUCAUAAAACGGUGAAAGAUUUAUGUGAUGGUUCAGCAUGCCUUUGCAUUAUGGUAAAUUUUAUUAGGUGGGGAAAAAAUGCUAUAUUUUGUUUAUUGUAAAAUUUUACUUUGAGUGUACAGUAUGAUUUAAAAUAAAUAAUAAAAUCAAUUUGUGUUCAAUCGGUCUGGAAAUUUACUGGAUUCAUUCAUUCUUCCGGAUUAUAAUGCAAUAGUGUUAAGUAGGGUUGUUCCAAUCAUGUUUUUUUGUUCCCGAUCCGAUCCCGAUCGUUUUAGUUUGAGUAUCUGCCGAUCCCGAUAUUUCCCGAUCUGAUUGCUUUUUUUUUGCUCCCGAUUCAAUUCCAAUCAUUCCCGAUAAUUUUUUCCGAUCAAAUACAUCUGGGCAAUGCAUUAAGA